CAAACAAUCAGAUAAGCGUGACGAUGGCCACCUUGGCCGUAAACAGAGCCGACGCCUUGAGGAACGAGUUUGCGUUUCUUCCAUACAAUCUUCCCAAUUGUUUCGACACUGAUGAGAAAAUCACCGUCAAGUGCACCGCGCACUGGAGCUACUGCGGUCCUCUUCUCCGCUCAUCCCCAUCAGAGCUAGAUUUACCCCUCCCGGCCAACUUCUACCACUUCGCAGCGGCGACGUUUACCGGCCCGCUUCUUCCCAGACUGCUCCCAUUUCUGGAGUUUGUCAACGCGUUUCUGCUGGCGAGCGGCCUUGGGCACUACCUCCUCACCAUCCGCGCCACGACAUCGACGCACGAGUUUGACCGGCCGCGAUGGCACACCGACGAGCUCUUCUUCUCCGAUCUCAGCCCCGGCAAUCUCCCCGGGACUCGCUUGGGGUUGAAGUCGAACAAUGGCCGAAAGAGAAGUUCUGGCGGUGGGUCCGGCACCAAUUGGAAGAUAUGCACGACACUUCUCGGCCCGUCGACUCUCUUCAUCCCGUUAGAGCAUCAGUCUUCAACGCGGGGGACGCAGCGUCGCGCUCGCGAAGCCGCAAGUACAGACCACGUGUGUCUCUCGAUCCGAUGCGUCGGGUGUGCUUCUGCCGCGGACAGUGUACGGGAAGAACUGGCCACCAAUUUGGCGAAAUUCGAAGUCAAGGCAGCGGGGUUUGGGGAGUGUGCGUUGUUCCGCGUUGGUAAGGAAUCGGGAGCCAUGCACUCGGAGCCUUGUAUGAGCUGCAGUGAGAACGGGAGGAUCUUUAUUAAUGUUGUGCCGGGGACAGAAGAGGAGCUUAGUGGUACGAUGAGGAAGUGGGGGAUGGAGUUUCCUAGACAGUGGUGGAUUGGUGGUUACGCUAUUUAGUACUCUUGUUUUGUGUAAUACCAAAAUUGAGAAUCUUGUUGUAGGGUAAGGCCAUUUAAUUUUGUCUUAGAUGGGUUAUAUUAUCGCAAUAUCAUACAUUAUAGUAAUACGCGAUGAGG